GUUUCAGCUGCCCCGUGAUGAGCUGCCUUUAUGAAUUAAGGAGCUCUUUGCAUCAAUGCAUUGGAGAGACACCAUUGUCCUAUUUUUUCACUCUGCUUGCAUUCCUGUUAACUCCUCUUCAGCAAAACAAAAAAUAGAGCGUUACUGGUACUUGCUACCUCCCUACCUAGAUUGCUUGGCAGACACAGUUAGUUGCAGGCUACUUUCUUAUCAAGCAGUUGGCAAUUAGAAGAGGCCCUUGGAGAGGAGGUGGGAGUGCUCCCUUAAGUCCUCAUCAGAAUGGAACUGCUGACUGGGUUAACUGGACUACUGAUUUACCGCAGGACUUGGAUUCUAUUGCAAUCCUCCUCGACCUCUGACUAAUAUGAAUGACACCGUGGUUAGCCACAUGUCCUCUGGAGUGCCCACUCCCACCAAGAGGUUACAGUAUAGCCAGGAUAUACCCAGUCACUUGGCUGAUGAGCAUGCGCUGAUAGCCUCCUAUGUGGCCCGUCUGCAGCACUGUGCACGUGUUAUGGACAGUCCUAGCAGACUCGAUGAGGAACAUCGACUUAUAGCUCGCUAUGCUGCCCGGCUGGCUGCAGAAGCAGGAAACAUGACUCAUCCUCCCACUGACUUGAGCUUUAACUUUGAUGCCAACAAACAACAAAGACAGCUUAUUGCAGAACUGGAAAACAAGAACAGAGAAAUCCUGCAAGAGAUUCAGCGUCUCCGUCUGGAACAUGAGCAGGCUUCCCAACCCACUCCUGAAAAGGCCCAGCAGAACCCCACGUUGCUGGCAGAACUGCGGCUGCUAAGGCAAAGGAAGGAUGAGCUGGAACAGAGGAUGUCAGCCCUGCAGGAGAGCAGGCGGGAACUGAUGGUCCAGCUGGAAGGACUGAUGAAGUUGCUGAAGGAGGAAGAGCAAAAACAGGCAGUAAGUGACCUUCAGAAUUUUCCAUCAACUCCUGUUCCUUUUGCAUGGUCUUCUUUUCCUCGUAUAAAUGUAUACUCUCUCCUCUCCGCUCUGCACAACUUCAUAUCUGAAGAACUGACUAUAUGCAAAACCCUCAGUGGGUCUCUCCAUGGUGUUGUAAAGUGGCCUGAAAGUUCAAGUUGUGUUUACCCAGUAGAGCAUGUUCUUACUUCAAACCAGAACUUGUUGAAUUGUUUUUUAAGUGCACAUCUGUUGUGUUUAAUUAUGCAUGAUUAGCCAGGCUACCAUUGCAUCUUCCUGCUUUUUCAUUCUCUCUUGUUUUGUGUCUAGGGUGGCUUUAAAUUGCUUGAAACGACUUUUGGGGUGGUGAGGGUGACCUCAUGUCAUGAAUGAAUGUGCAUGAAAAUUAGUA